CGUUACCUACAUAACUCGAAACGUGGCUGUUAGUCUGUUACCCAUCUCAUCUUCCAUUCUUAUUAUUUUUCUUGAGAGAGAGAGAGAGAGAGACAGAAAGAAGUUGAUUGAGAGAAUUUUUAGGAAAAAAAAAAAAAAAAAAAAAAAAAAAACAGAGAGAAUGAGGACGGAAGAAGUGAAGAAGGCAGGAGUGGAGGCAUCCAAGAGGCCACCACCGGGGCAUAGCCCAGGUGAGGUACUCCACCAGCGCCGCAACUUACCCAUCAGCCCUUACACGAUGGCUCUAGGCGGCUUUCUCUUCGCCGCCACCAUCGGUUACUUGACCCUCUAUGCCAAGAAAAAGCCCGAAGCCUCUGCCGUAGACGUAGCCAAAGUCGCCACCGGCACUGCUCAACCCGAAGACACCCGUCCCAGCAAGUAGAUGCAUAUCUCUUUCCAUUUUCCAAAAAUGUGCUGCAGCAGCUGCUGCUCUUUGAGCAAUAUCUAUCGUUCAAGCACUAACUAUGUUCUUUGACGUUUUAUAUUUAUGUGGUUUAUUUGGUUAAUCAGUAA